AACAUAUCAGAAAUAGUUUUUAAAAAUUUGCUGGAAUUUUUCAAAGGAUCCAUCGUCCUUAAUAUGGAACCCUAUCAGAGGGUUUUGCUCUCGAUCGGUGGCGCCUUCAGUGCGUUGGUCAUGAUUUUGGCUGUUCUACAGUGGUUCCACAUCUGGACGUACGUUUCAGAGGAGAAACGUCAAAACAAGCUCUACUUCUUGAUCUCGUUAUUUCCGGUGAGUACCGUAUGUUGCUUGAUUGGUAUGUGCGUGCCACGCACCUCGUUGGUUCUAUCGUCAGCCGGCCUACUCUACUUCCUGACCUGUAUGUUUGUGCUGAUCUCGUUGCUGAGAAAUUUAUUUGGCAGUCGUGAAUCACUGUCUAACUCGCUGAAAUUCGAUCGCAAACAAAUCAACUUUCAAAGUCCACCGUUCUGUUGUUUCUGCUUCUGUCUACCAAAAAUUUCCAGCAAUACGCGUAAUCUACGUCGUAUCGAAUGGCUGAUAUUGCAAGCACCUAUAGUGCGGGCGCUCAUCGUACUAUUCAACCUGAUCGCUGUAGCGGAAUUCCGUGAGGAGUCUCUAAAAUAUGUUCAUUGGGCUGAAAUGAUCGGAGUGGGCUCGCUGUUGAUGGCCAUAUUCGGUACACAUACACUGGCACGACUGACAUCAGGCAAGUUAAGCCACUACGGGUUCAUGACAAUUUUCCGCCUGAUCGAUGUGGCUCUCCUGUUCUAUACGGCUCAGCAGCCGAUGAUCUUCGAGAAUAUUUUGGUUCGUUUCGGUGUCGUACAGUGUGGACCAGCACUGUCGGCUCAAGACAACGCCAGAUUUAUUUGCAAUUUCGUUAUAAUCACCGAGAUGCUGCUGCUGUCGUUAUGUGCCAGCAUAUUACUAGCACCAUCACGGAGCGCGCUCUUCGAUCGUUAUCCACACGGCUGCGGAUCACCAAUUUCGACGAGUUUCACCGACGAGUCAAUGUUGACUCAUAAUGAGCUAUCCGAAGACUAG